GCGGUUUUCUCUUCGCCCUUCAACGCAUUCCUCCAUUUUUCUCAGAUCUCGAUCCUCUCCUCCAAUUCUCUCCACCAUUUCCACCGAAUUCGAAGCUCUUUUCUUCGGUAUUUCCCUUUGAGAUCUAAAAAGUAUCUAUGGGUUCAGCAGCCAUGGAUGUUAACGGGAAUUUUGCAGCUGACAAGAAAUUUGUUGUUGUAUUCGUUUUAGGUGGACCUGGUAGUGGAAAAGGCACUCAGUGUGCAAAUAUUGUUCAAUACUUUGGGUUUACUCACCUCAGUGCUGGAGACCUUCUACGUGCAGAAAUUAAAUCGGGUUCCGAAAAUGGCACCAUGAUUCAAAACAUGAUAAAGGAGGGAAAAAUUGUUCCUUCUGAGGUUACAAUCAAGCUUCUCCAACAGGCUAUGCUUGAAAGUGGAAAUGACAAAUUUCUUAUUGAUGGAUUCCCUCGGAAUGAGGAAAAUCGUGCUGCAUUUGAGCAUGUGACUAAAAUUGAGCCCGAGUUUGUACUAUUCUUUGAUUGCUCAGAGGAAGAGAUGGAGCGACGCCUUUUAAGCCGCAAUCAGGGACGAGUUGAUGACAAUAUUGAAACAAUUAGAAAGCGGUUCAGGGUUUUUGUGGAGUCUAGUAUCCCUGUGAUUGAGCACUACGAGGCAAAGGAAAAGGUUUCAAAGAUUGAUGCUGGAAAAUCUGUCGAUGAGGUUUUUGAAGAUGUGAAAGCCAUAUUUUCCCCAUAUAGUGCUCAGGCUGCUUAGAGCUGCAAGCAAGAUUGAUUUCAUUUAGAAUAUUUUUAAAGGCAAUCCUGUAUUCUUUUUAUUCUGUGAUUUGGAGUCUGUUGUUGCAAGAAUAUAGAAGAAAGUGGACAGUUUUACCUACCCUUAUAUAUUACCAAGUUAUCCGAUGUUGUUCAUUGUUACUACUAGAAAUUCACAAUUCUAUUAUUCAUUAUUGUUAGAUAUUGGUCUUGACCCAAAUUAACUGAAAUAAUAUGAGUUUUUUCCCGGGCUAUGUUAAACUAUUGUUUUUCCUGUUGUACUUUU